CAGAGUAUCCAACUUCCAGUGUUUAGUGCUGGCUGCUGUGUUCCUCUUCCACCAUAGCAGUGCACAACACCACUUCAGAAAACGUUUCCUUCGAUGUUUGAAUGAAUUCUUCACCAAAAAUGAGGCUUCUCAACAACCUGCGAACAAAGACACUUGUGUGUUUUGUCUCUUCCACCGCCGCAACCUCACACUCUCCAGCUCCCACUUUCUCCCGAACUUCCACUCCCAUCAGAAUAUUCUCCUCCUUUUCCCAUAAAGGUUCGAUUUUGAUCCCACCCACGAAGACCCAUCUCUAUGCUUCCUUCUUCUGCACCCACAUUCGCCUCUACGUGGCCUAUGGCAGGUUCUGCAAAGCCUCUCGGGCUUUAUCUUCCAUGCGUGGACUUGCUUUUGAUGGAGAACGGACGGAGGGAUGGCAUCAGGCCGGAUAUUGUUACCUACAAUACUUUGCUCAAAGCUUUUUGUAAGAUGGGCAACCUUGUGAGGGCCGAGUCUCUUCUCAGUGAGAUUUUGGGGUUUCGGAAUGAUGAAGAAACUGGUCAAUUGGAAAACCGUCUUGUCGAAACUAAGGCUUAGAUAAGAGACUUGCAGCCAACACCUUCUACGUACACAACAGUAAUUGAUGCAUAUGCUAAGCAUAGUGGAAUUGAAGAAUCCCUUUCUCUCUAUGAGCGAAUGAUUAUGAAUGGGAUCAUGCCUGAUGUGGUUACUUGUAGUUCAAUUAUUUAUGGACUUUGCAGGCAUGGCAAAUUGGAUGAAGCGGCAAUGCUACUGAGAGAGAUGUACACAAUGGGUUUAGACCCUAAUCAUGUCUCGUACUCUACAGUUUUCAAUUCCUUGUUCAAAUCGGGGAGGAUAAUGGAAGCUUUUAAUCUUCAAGGCCAGAUGGUUGUUCGGGGCUUAUCUUUUGAUAUAGUUAUGUACAGAAUUGUGAUGGAUGGGCUUUUUAAGGUUGGAACUGAGGAUAUGUUUCAAACAAUUUUAAAGUUCAAUCUUGUCCCAAACUGUGUUGCUUAUUCAGCAUUGCUUGAUGGCUAUUGCAAGGUAGGAGACAUGUAAUGUGCAGAGUUGGUGUUACAAAACAUGGACAAGGAACACGUUCUUCCAAAUGUUGCUACUUUUUCUUCUAUUAUGAAGGGAUAUGUCAAAAAAGGAAUGCUCAAUAAAGCAGUUGAUGUGUUAGGGAAGAUGAUUGAAAGGAACAUUGUGCCAAAUACUUUUGUUCAUGCAAUUUUAAUCGAUAGCUAUUUUAAGGCAGGCGAACAGGAAGCUGCUGCUUGCUUUUAUAAGGAAAUGAAAUCACAGGGAUUAGAGGAAAACAAUGUAAUAUUUGAUAUCAUGCUUAACAACUUGAAAAGAGUUGGAAGAAUGGAGGAAGCUGAGUCAUUAAUUAAAGAUAUGUGUUCUUGGGGUCUUUGCCCAGAUAUUGUUAACUACACUUCUCUGAUAGAUGGCUACUUUAAUGAUGGGAAUAAAUCAGCUGCACUCUCCAUAAUCCAGGAAAUGACAGAGAAAAGCACACAGUUUGAUGUUGUUGCAUAUAAUGCUUUGAUUAAGGGGCUUUUGAAGCUUGGGAAAUAUGGUCCGCAGUCUGUGUUUUCAAAAAUGAUAGAGUUGGGUUUAGCUCCAGAUUGUACUACAUAUAAUACUCUAAUUAACACAUACUGCAUAAAAGGGAACACUGAAGGCGCACUGGGUCUCUUGACUGAGAUGAAGAGCAGCGGGGUAAUGCCAAAUGCAGUCACUUUUAACAUUCUGAUUGGUGGGCUUUCUAAAGCUGGUGAAUUUGAAAAGGCAAUGGAUGUUUUGAGUGAAAUGUUAGUUAUGGGGCUUGUUCCUAUGCCAGUUACUCAUAAAUUUAUGCUUAAAGCUGCCUCAAGGAAUAGAAGAGCAAAUGCGAUUUUGCAAAUUCACAAGAUGCUUGUGGAUAGUGGCCUCACACUCAAUCAGACUGUGUAUAACACUCUAAUGACCGUACUCUGCAGGUUAGGAAUGACUAAGAAAGCAAAUGCAGUGCUCACUGAAAUAGUGGCAAGUGGAAUUUUAGCUGAUGUUGUUACUUAUAAUGCCCUUAUUCGUGGUUACAUUGUAGGAAGUCAUGUGGACAAGGCAUUCAAUACUUAUGUGUUGGCUGAUGGAAUCUCUCCAAACAUUACCAAUUAUAAUACCCUUUUAGGAGGUCUUUCAACUUCUGAUUUGAUGAGACAGGCAGAGAAAUUAGUUAGCGAGAUGAAAGAAAGAGGACUGACACUGAAUGCCACCACUUAUAAUAAUUUGGUUUUUGGCCAUGGUAGAGCUGGAAACAAACAGGAUGCUAUGAAGCUCUAUUGUGAAAUGAUAAUCAAAGGUUUUGUUCCCACUGUUGGCACCUAUAACGCUCUUAUUAAUGAUUAUGCAAAAGCAGGAAAAAUGCGCCAUGCUAGAGAACUUUUGAAUGAAAUGCUGACAAGGGGAAGAAUUCAUUCUUCAACAUACGACAUUCUAAUCUGUGGAUGGUGCAAAUUGUCCUGCCAGCCAGAGAUGGAUAGGGAACUUAGAAUGUCAUAUCGGGCUGAAGCGAAAAAAUUGCUGAUUGAAAUGUGUGAAGAAGGAUAUGUGCCAUCAGAUAGCAAAAUCUCAUAUAUCAGUUCAAAUUUUUCUUUUCCAGGAAAAGGUGUCUGAUGCUCUAAAGUUAUUGAAGCUAUUUACCAAAAGGAAGAAUAGCUGAAAAAUGGUCUAAAAAGUGGGUCUUAAUGUUAAUCCUUGAAGUGGACUGAGGAAGUUGGAGGACUGCCAAUAUCUUUUCUUAAUUGGCACUGAAAUCAAAGUCUUCCCAAUCAAAAUCUCAAUCCUCACAUUUACUUCCAUCACAACUUGACUACUAUUGUGUUGCAUCACCAAAAUAAUAAUCUUGGAUGAAGUGCUGAUAAUAACAUGCCAUCAAAAAGAUAAAAAAAAAAAAUGGCACUCAUGUAGAACGAGGUAGAUCUACAAUGAAUGUUGUGUGUGAUGGCAGUGAUCGAUUGGUACUGAGAUGACAACUUUAUACUGAAGCAGGUACCAAAAGUUCAUCCUGAGAUUGUUCCAGCAUUCUCAGAUCAUCAUCAAGAAGCCACAAACACCUACAAUGAGAUUGCAGGAUAGAGCGCACAGUUCUGACUCGCGUCUAUUUGCAGGAAUAUCUGCACACUCUUGCUACUUCUACUGCUUGGUAUUCCUGGAAUGCAGGCUUCUCCUGUUCCUUGGAAAGCCUACCAUGUUUUCUUUCUACUACACAGUGUGGCUGGUGUUGGCUCAUGCAUAUCAGAAUAUGUUACUCGCCAUGCGUGUUGUUUUUCGCAACCGAAUCCAGAGCCAAAGUAGAGCUCGUGGUGGUUGUUUUUCGUGAGCGAAUCCAGAGCCAACGUAGAGCUCCCACUUCCUGCAUCAGAUCAAGAUCCUCAGACAAAUAAAGGUUGAUAUCUGAAAAGAAUUUGGAAAAUAUUCACAUCUUAUGCUCAUUCUCUCAAUGCAUGCUUGGAAUUGGAUGCAGAAGAUGCAAUGAGGUAGCCCUCACAUACAUUUUUAUCUUUUUAAUGCACAUCUUGGCAGCAUAGUUAGAAAUUGGAAUUAACAUCAAUUCAACAUUCUAAUAUUUCAGUCACAAUAAUACACUUUGUUGAUCAAUACGUCUUCUAGCAAUGUUCACAUCAUUCAUUAACUUAACCAGCUUAUAGCGAAUUUGAUUAAACGGUGUAUGAUGUCAAAUUAAU